GAGCGAGUGUGCUGCUUCAUUUCGGAGCCCGCCCACGUGUUCGAUGCACUUCUCUACUAAAUCCGACGGUUAAUCUGCGCGACACCUCCUGUAGUGUAUAGUCGCCUAGUAUUCCCGGUUCUGUUUAUCCGAAUUCUUAUCCGAUUUUGUCCGGAUUAUAAAAAAAGCCAACCAACUUUCGCAAUGGAUUGUUUAGGUUUUCGUAUUUUUUUUUUCGCGCUUAUUUUAGGAUGUAUACAAUGUUUCGGCCAAAGUAACUAUUAUUUUGAAAAUGAUAAAUACUGUGAUGACCUAUCUCCAUACGUCGGUGACAUAAAUUUGGAGCAAAUUUCGGGUAUUUGGUAUGGGGUUGAAAAAAUACCUCACACAAAGGGGGAAUAUAGAAUAGAACAUACUAAUGAGUGCUUCUAUAUUGACAUCAGAGAACUUCAUAUACAGCCGACUCCUCCAACACCAUAUCCGCCUAUGACAAAUUCUCCUUACGUAAACCGUGCCUAUGGUCUCCCUGAGCAGUACAGGAUACGGCAUUUCGUUUUGGAAUGGCACGAAGGACACUAUCAGGAUGACUAUCACAUUAAAGUCAAUACUUCUCAUAAAGGAUUUUGGCCUACUGACGUCCCUUAUGAAUCCGUCGACAAAAUGUAUCGUUUCUUUGGAGGUGUCAUCCAAGUGCUGAAGGUCUCAAAUAACCAUCUAGUCCUAAACUUUUGCAUGAGGCUGCCUCACUCUCAACUCUACAGCGUCGUUUUAGCGAGAAACGACAAUCAACUUACUCCUGAAGAUUUAGCUAGUAUACAUAACAUAUUUUCUAUGAAAAACCUGUCUACUUCUUCUUUGAAACGUGUGUGUGAAAAUUCUGCUAUUAAUUUAAAACUAUCUAGUGUUCUGCUUUUGCUUAUUGGGUUUUUCAUAUGGAAGAACCUUUAGUAUUCAAAAUUAAAAUCGUUCAAGUUUUAACAAAACGUAUAACAAU